CGAACUCAGGCCCCUGGCGCUGUGAAGCAGCAGAGCUCACCACUGAGCCCCCGUGCCACGAAACAGUACAAAACCAAUUUAAAAACUAAACUGAUUUAUAUUAUAUUAUUUAGUUUGACUUUUUAAAAGUAUUUAUCAAGGAUCCGUAAUUUUUUUUUGAAAGACAAAUUCAGCCCUUUCGGUGCAGGUUCUCUCUGCAGGGCAAUUAUUAAUCCCUGUUUUCCCGUUUGGCACGAGAGGGAUAAACUGUGGGCAGUUCCCUCUAACCAAUUCGAGGCACCUGGAAGGGCUGUACAGAUUUGCUCUCCGCCCAGUAUAACGUUCAACACAGAGAGAGAGAGAGAGAAAAGCUUGUCGACAAUCUUGGUUCCUUAAAGAUGGCGUUUGUUCGCUCUGUGCUGCGCUCCCUUGUGGGGAUCAUGGUUCUUCCAGUCACCAUUUUACAAUACAUCGGUUUCUGGGACCCUCUAUACAAGAGGUUUUUCCCAUACCUUAUGCGCAGAAUGACCACCACUAUCAACGACAAGAUGGAUAAAGUGAAGAAGGAACUUUUCGGCCGGUUGCCGGACUUCGCCAGCUCCUCGGGGCUGACAGUCUUGGAAGUGGGCUGUGGCACUGGUGCCAACUUUCAGUAUUACCCCUGGGGUUGCAAGGUCAUCUGCACGGACCCGAAUCCGAAUUUCGAGCACAUGCUGAAGAGCAGUGGCGCCAAGAACACGCACCUGAAGCUCGAGCGGUUCGUGGUGGCGUGCGGCGAAAAUUUGAGCCAAGUGGCGAGCGGCUCAGUAGACGCCGUGGUCUGCACCUUCGUGCUCUGCACCGCCCAGAACGUGGACGCGGUGCUGAAAGAGAUUAAACGAGUGUUGAGACCGGGCGGGGCAUUUUUCUUCAUUGAGCACGUGGCUGCUGACAAAGAAACAUGGCUGCACUUCAUUCAACAUGUGAUCCAGCCUGCAUGGCGUUACUUUGGGGAUGGAUGCUAUCUGACCAGGGACACUUCAGCAAACCUCGAGAAAGCCAACUUCUCAGAAUUGAAUCUGAAGCACAUCAUUGCACCUUUGAUGAGUUUGAUCAAACACCAUAUUGUUGGAUAUGCAGUCAAAUGAGAAGCUGGAUCAUGGGAACACCAAGCCUUAUAUUUACUUGUCUGCUGUGAAUCAUUCAUUCGAAUUAGAAGUAUCAGUGCAAUAAUCCUUUGUCAAUUAAUUUUAAUCACUAGUCAUUAAGAUGAGUGCUUUUUAAUGUGCCUUUUUAAUCCACUAUAUCACACAGUACUUUCAUCCGCAAUGGUAAUCAAGCAAAAUUCCAGAUUAUACAUCCAUGUCCAGGAUCAGUUUUCAUAUUUUAUUAUUUCAAUCAAAACUUUUCUCUGUAUUCUCCGAACCCACUCUGAACUAGAAUGUCAAAACAUUUUUUUAAAAAGAAGUAAAUUCUCUAAUCUCAAAUGAGGUAUUGCUUACCAAACGUUCCAUUGUAAUUUGAAUAUAUUAAACAGGACUUAUUUAUGCUAUGA